UAUAUGCUCUGAGAUUAUCAAACAAAUAAAAUGGCGUCUGCACUAUCAGAAGACGAGUUUCAUCGAAUGCAGCUACAGCUGAUCGAACUGAGAACAACAAACUAUGAGCUUGAAGGCAAGAACAAGAAACUGGAAAGGGAUUUGUCUGAAAUCCAAGAAAAGACUGAUUACUUUGACAGGGAGCUGGCUAAAGCAAAACAGGCUAUCAACAAAAGCAAAAAAGCAAAGGAUGUUGAACUGCUGUUGCAAGAGUCUGACUCUCUCCAGCGGAAACUGGUCAGCCAGGAGGAGGAGUUUCGCCUGCAGAACCAGACCUUGAUGGAGGAGCUUGGUCUGCUAGUUUCCAGCAAUGAGGAGAUGAAGAAGGAGUUAGAGGCUGCCAAAUCACAGGCGGCAUCUACACCAUCUAGUGCUGACAAUGACAUUAACAGCAGCAACAGUGACGAGCUCAGGAGACUUCAGGCAGAGAACGCAGCUUUACAAAAGAAUCUGACAGUUCUUCAGGAAAAGUAUGAGGAGGUGAGCAGUUCCAAGAACAAAGUGAGUCAACGUGCCACGAGUGAGGCGGCGGAUCAGCUAGGAGAUGAGUCAAAUGCAGCUGCUGAAGAAAAGACAGAUGAUGUGGUGGAUGGGUCAAAUGACAGAGUUACCCAGUCAACAGAUCAGACAGAUUCUGUGAAGCUGCAACUAGAGUUGGACACAGAAAGAGAAGAAAAGAGAAUUUUAAAGGCUCAACUGGAACAAAUUCAGCGUGACACUAAGACCCAGAUAGCUGCUUUACAGGAGGAGGUAGACAAGGGUACUGAUAGACUAAAGAAAAAACAGGAAAGUUUCAUGCAAGUUCAGUCCGAGAAGGAGACUCUUUUCAAAGAAAGCAAUUUGAAACUGGAGGAGAGCCAGGCUGCACGUGACAGAGAUCAGAAGUACUACAAGGACCAGAUCGUCAAGUUGCAACAAGAUGCCGAGAGGAACAAGAAGGAAGUUGAACAGAGUCAAAUGUCAUCUGAUAAGGAAACAGAUGGCCUCAAGUCAAAGGUCAAGGAGCUUCAGAAACAGGUGGAUGCAUCCAAUCUAGUGACCAAUCAUCAGCUUCAGGAGCAGGGAGCCAAGUACAUCGCAGAGAUAGACGGCCACAGAGCGAACGUUGCCAAGCUGACCAAGGAGAGAGAUGACCUGACCACCCAGUUGCAGGAAAGUCGUCGGGCAGCACAGGAGGCUGUGACUCAACUCCAUGAGGCACAGACAGAGAGGGACAGUCAGAUCUCUGCCAUGCAGGAGGUCAGCAAGGUAGCGGAGAAGAGGAAGAGUUUGUUGGAUGAGUUGGCAAUCAAGUACCAGAAAGAGUACGAUGACCAUCGUCAAGCAACCACACAGAUGGAGGCCGAUCAUGCCGCUGAAAAGGAGAAAUUGGAGACUUCUAUAGAGGAGCAGUCUAAAAAGAUUGCAGAGCUGAACAGGCAGCUUCCUGUGAUAGAAGAGUUGAACAAGAAGGUUAGCUCCCUUGAUGAGUCCAAGGGCUGGCUGGAAAGGAGGCUGAAGGAGGUGGAGGAUCAACUGAGCUCGACGACAAAAGCUGGAGAGGAGGAGAGAGAAGAGAUGACCACCCGGCAUAAGACUGAGCUGGAAGAACUUACCUCCUCCCAUGCCCAAGAAGUGGAAGGACUGAAGGAGGAGAGGAGAGUAGCAGAUGAAGAGUGGGUGAAGAAGGAGGAGGUUCUGAAGGGAGAGGUUGAGGGCCUGAAGAACAAAGAAAAUAACCUCAGACAGGCUAUUAAAGACAAUGUUGAUGAAAAGAAGAUUCAUGAAAAGAAAGGAAUGACUAUGCUCAAAGAUCUCAAGCGACAGUUGCACGCAGAGCGCAAAAGGGCAGAAAAGCUCCAGCUUCGUCUGCAGGAAGUGCUCUCUGACACAUCCAGCAAAGGUAUGGAGGACUUGUUCAGGUCAUCUGAAUCUGGAGACUUUGCAUUUGGUGACACCAGCUCUGUGUCCUCCUGGGGUGCUGGGGCCAGUGGGUUGGGCAAGGACUCUGUGGCCAGUGGGCCUCAGUCUCCAAUGUCUGGCAACAACAGUAUGAUCAGCGAAGGCAGCGUAGGGGAGGAGUACAAUGACCUGCUGAAACGUGUGGCUGUCCUACAGCAGGACAAGUGGGGGCUGGAGGAGAAAGUAAACCAUCUGGAGAUGAGCAAUGCCUGCAUGGCUGAGGACAUUCUCAACAAAACCUCCAUCAUCGAACAUUAUGUCAUGGAUAGUCGCAGUGGCCCCAAACAGCAGUCCCAGUCGUCGCAAGAGGAAAAGCUGAGCUUGAAGAAGGUGAUGGAUAUGGUGAACAAGAACAGUGAGCAUGCACAACAUACCCAGGACAUGAACAAGAAACUUCAGAGCAUGCUGGAGGAGACGCUCACCAAGAACAUGCAUCUGCAACAGGACCUGGAGCUGAUGUCGCAGGAAGUAGUGAGGCUCAGUAAGCUCUCUGCUGUGAUGGCGUCUGCCCGAGAAAACGUGGCGACUGUAAAUCAACCCACGCCGCCCUCCACCCUACCUCUCGAGACGAAGACAACAACGACUAACAACACCAGCUCGUCAGCGACUCCGUCGUUGUCAGCCACCCCGGCCACCACUGGGUCUUCAGAGGCUUCAGAUUUCUCUAACAACUGCCCAGACAGUGGUGUCAUUAGCUCAGAGCUGUCGAGUCCAGAUGAACUUGAGCACGAUCUUUCGGACCAGAUUGAGGAUUUACGCGAGAAUUCGUCAGAGACCGUAGACCCAGCCAAAUCUUGAUGAUGCCAGUGGGACAAUAAUUUAUUUGUGUAUAUUUUUUUUGUAUGAAGUUUGUUUACUUUUGGGACCAUGAGUGCUGUUUUUGUAAGCACUCAGCAAUAGUGUGGAGGAGAUGAGGAUUGUGUCUGAUUCAAAACCAUAAUGUGAUACAAGAUUUGGGGCAGGACCAGUCAGAAGAAGGUUGUCACUGCCACUGAAAGUUAAGCUGUGGAAGUGCAUGGCAGUUGUCAGGUAGGCCUGCUUAACUUUUUACAGACUUAGUUUUUCGGGGGUCUAGACGUUAAUAAUUUUUGGCUCAAUUUUACCUAUUCAGGUGAUGUACAUAAUAACUUCAUGAAAACGUAACUAUCACUCAAAAGCUAACAUGCGCUUUAUCAGAUUGAAGAAAAUUGGAUGAGGAAUAUACUCUGACAUAAAACAAGGAUUAAUUUUAAAUAUAAAUAAACAUGCACAACAAGAGUUAGAAAGAGGGAUGGCAAUGAGAAAAAUCAGUUUUGAUGAAAGAAAAAGGUCACUCACUAAACCUGUCUUCACCUGCAAAUCAGCAGAGCUAUCCAACAAUGUACAGGUCAAGAGCAUAAUCCACAUAUUUCUGAAAGUAUAGCUUUUUAUUUGACAGCAAUAUUCCAGUUUUUGUUUGAGUAAUUACUUUUCUACUGAGUCAGGUUACAAUGCUCUGUUGAUGCAAGAAUGAAAGGAUGUUCUCAUAUGGCCUUUUGCAUUUGCAAACACAGUAAAACAAUUACCAAAAAACUAAAAUUAAAAUGAAAUGACUCAAGUAAAAGAAUCCAGGAACACACACAUAACAAAACCCCGUUCCCCUUCCUUUUCUGUGGCAAUAGUUGUUGUAGGAAGCCCAGAAACAAUCUGUAUCUGUAGGGCUCAAAUGGGGCUUGUCUACAUAGCUAGUGCAGUAGUAGACAGAGAGUCUGUUAUUAAAAUAAAGGCUUCAUUUUAAAAAACAAAGCAGAACCAGGAGUUGAUUUGAUGAGACACCUUGUUCUGACUGUCCACAAGUCCCUUUGUGCAUGGAUGUGAGUAUGCAAGAGUGUAGGAAAUGCUGCUGUAAAGAUGUGGAAUGAGCACUACACACACAGGCAGCCUGUAUUCUGGUAGGCCUCAGGUCUUUUGUAAUGAUAUCCACAUUGAAAUGUUUAUCGAAACAAUUCAAUACAGUGAAAACCAUUUUGAUUGUUCUCUUGACCCCAUAUGUCAUAGACAGCUACACGGCAUCUCUUCAUUCAUGGUCAUUUUUCUUUUCCUCUAUUCUGGUUUAGAUAUAUAACCUUAACUGUAAUAAAAAAUGUUUCAGUUGGUGGUCUGAGGAUUCCCUGAUCCGAGUCUGCUUAAUUUUAGUAAAAUAUUUGAUAGGUUACUUCGCUUCUCUACUCGAGCCUAAAAAAUGAAUGAAAGGAAUUGGUCUGUGCUGAAUAAUAAUAUAUAGCGCAAGACAAUUAUGAUGCAUGCUUUCUGUGUCCAGCUUUUAGCAAUUCUGUGUUUACAGAGAGAGCCAUGCGGACCUUCCACUUUCAUGGUCGGGAAAAGUUGGAAGAUGGGGUAUCUGUACUCAGUCGGGAUUCUCGUGGAAUGUGAUUUGGAACUUGUGGUCCCUUUUUCAUCUCAAUAUACAAGUGAAUUUUUUUACCGAAUUCCUCCUGUAUUCUGUUGGGGUGGCACUUUUUCCGGGUUUUCCAGUUGUGGAACUUUCCUCUCUCACUAUUUUUUGUACAAAAUUUUGUGUUUUUUCAAAACUUUUUGGUAAUAAAGUAACAUUUACAUUUUUUAAAAACUGGCCAGCUUAGCAAGUUUAGGACACCACAUCCUGGUAGAGGGGGCAAGUUGGUUGGUAGCAGGUUUUGAAUUUAUUGUGUUCUGGAGGGCUUGUUACAUGUAUGUAGCUUCCUUGACUAUUUGGAAUUUUGUUUUCAAUGUAAGUGAUUUUACAACCUUGUUGACACGAAUAAGAUCAUUUAGGAGGCAAGCUUCUGACCCUGCCUGUCAGGGCCAGUCUGGGCUGAGAGGGAUACAACAUCUCAGCAGAAAGCCGGAGAUAUUCGAUAAAAAUCCUUCCCACUUUGGAAAGUUGUGAUGGCGAAGUGCCACAGUCACUGGUCUAGACUAUAAUUUGGAGGUUUUAGUCCUGUUGUUUCCUUUGUGUUAUACUGAACAUCUUUACCUGUGCAUGGCCCUUACCCUUCUAUUCAGAAGUAUUGGGAUCGGGCCUUACACGUAGAAAGUAUGUUCUAGAGUUUCUCUGUCUUUCUCCCAGAAUGUGAUAUCUGGCUCAACCCUACCCCGAUUUAUCCUGAAAGCAGGGUUAAAGAUGCCAGUCUAAAAAUCUGAUCUAAAUGGUAUCAACAGAGGAAUAAAAAUAUACCCAAUCAGCAUAAAAAUUUCCAUUAUUUCGAGUGCAGCCAGCAGAUGGCAUUCCUAAAUGUUUGCUAAUGUUCUGCUCAGCUUGUUCCAGAGAUCCUAUUGCAACUCGACAGUUACCCUGAAUGUUUGGAGGCGUUUUUCUUUUUCUGCCAUUGCCUCGGUGCUCAAGGAUUAUAGAAGUGUGUGUGCGCUUGUCAUGCUUAUGGUUCGCAAAGGAUUGUUCUAUUAAGCCAGAAAUGUGUUAAUGCACUGAUGGCUGUGAGGAGGACAUAUUUAUUUUUGUGUUCGGCUUUCAUUUUAUGAGUUUCGUCAUGUGUUAAUUUUGAUUAUUGAGGUGAGCCUUUUAAAAGUUUUGUCAGAACUUAGCUUUUUAUUUUUAAGAUUGCCAAAGUACAAUAUGAAUGAUUUUUUAUUAUUUUCUUUACAUUUUUGUUUAAUAAAAAAGUUUUAGUGCACAAUGGUGCACAGAACAGAAAAUAUCGUGGAAAGAAUUAUGUAUUUUUGCCAGCUGUAGGGAAAUAGUGUGUCUCAUUGAUGGUGAAAAAUUUGUGCAUGACUAUAAAUCAUCGAAUUAAAAUUUGUAUUUCCUGUAAGGUGCUUAAGACCGUGCUCAAUUUCAAUAACUAAAUUAUUGUUCCUAGAACAAUGUCUAGGUUAUUCUUUCUAGGCAUAGAAUGAAUUCAGAUUUCAUUCAGGUGCUGAAAAUAUUAACUGAAGAAUACACAUUUAGCUUGUAAAUUGUAACACUGAUUUGUUAAUUUUGCAUCAUUUUUUUAUUUGCACCACUCAUGCUCCUGCUAAAAAAAACAACCAAGGAUGAGGGGAUGGGGGGAGUUAUGGCAAGUGUGACCAGUGAGAUUGUCCUCUCCUUUUCACCAUUUGCUGUUGUAAGCACUGCAUGAUGGUAAUUAUUCGAAAGUCCCUCAGCCAGGAAUAACGGUGACCGUGGACAGGUGAUCAUGUUUUUCUUAUUGUUUAGCUUUCUCUUGCCAUUGCCAUGAUACAAAUGUCCUUGGUGCAAUGCUGUUUGCCUCAAUGUCUAAGAGUGUCUUGUCAGUUCUUUCAUUGAUGCUCAGACUUUUGGGGGCUUAUCUCUCUCUCUCUUUUAAAAAAAAAUAUAUCUUUGAAGUUUAAACUUAAACAAAUCAAAGGUCUAGUUAUUUGAAGGUCGGUUAAGUAUUUUCAGAUUGCAAAUGAUUACAUCUGAUUUUUAUUUUUAUUAGGAACGGAAGAUUUUUACAUUAGGGCUAAAAUUCCACUGACAUCUUGAUCUGUGAAGGGAAGUAUACUAAACUAAUGUCAGUGGCCUAGUGGUUAGCCUCUCAAACUCGGCUUUUGAAUGCUUGCAAUCUGCAGUUUUUCACUGUAUCCCUCCUGGGAAGCCGAGAAUGUUUCUGAGUGUGUUUGGGUUUGUGGGGUAAUAAUAGUCUUAGAGCUUAUAUAGAGCAUGCUGUAGAGUGUAAAUAUGCACAAUAUAAAUAAAUGCAAUUAUCGUAUCAUUAUUAUAACUGACUGACACAAUAAUUGUUCGCGCGGAUGGGGGGAUUCAGACCUCACUCAAUAAUAAUGUGAUUAUGUUUUGUUCAAAAGCUCCAUUCCUGAGCCACAUUCAAAAUACUCACUAUUGUCUUUGUGUCAGUGUUGACCAGAAUUGAAAUUGAUCUUAUUGUCUUGUCACCUGUUUUCUUGAACUUGAAAUGUGAAAAAUUUGAUGUACAAUAAAGUGAAGUAGAACAUUGUAAAACUGGAGAUUUCAAUUAUGUGAUACUACUGGUACUAAAUAUUCUGCUGUUACUUUUUCCAUAUGUUUACUUGACUUUUUUUGGGGGGCCUUUAUUCCAUUUUUGUAACCUCCUGUACUACUGUUUAUAAGCAAUCUAUUUAUUGGGCACUCUGUGACUGACACUGAUACAAGGGGCACCGUAGUUCAAGCUGUGAGGCAUUGGACUUGCAAUAAUAAAUAAAUAAAUAAAAUGUUAUACGCUCUAUUUGCAACUUUAUCAUGUUGACUGUUGUACCCGUCGGAAAGGUUCUUUACCUUGGUUUCCUCAGUUUUUCCCAUCUGCAAAUGGGUAUUGGCAGUCAGCAAAGAUGGAAUGCGUUAACGAUAGAAGUUUGCUUCUAAGAUGCUGUAACGAUCUGUGGUCUUUUGUAGACUGAGUUGAUAAAUUGGAUUGGACAUGUUCUGAGGGAGUUAUUGUGUGAAGUCCAGAGAGCCCACCAUUAUAAUGGUGCACAUCUGUAAAUGUGAGCUCUUUGAUAUCGAGUGUGAUUUGUAUUGAAAACCCUUUUGUUAUUUCUUGUGGUAUACAAAAACUACCUGUCUUGUACUAAUUUCUGAGGUUUGUUUUAAAUCUCACGAUCAUUCAUCAUUCCAUAUGUGCCAUGUGUUCUGUUUUAUCGUUGAUAGAUUUCUUUGUGUUGUGUGGAUGAUAGUGGUAGUGAGUGUUGGAAAACCUGUCAGGCUGCCAUGCUGCAUAUAUCCCCCCAACCCCACCCACCCUAGAGACUGAGACAGUAAAUUGGAAUAACGAAUUGUUUAUUGUGAAGCCAUGUGAGCCAACACUUGGGGGAAAAAAAGUUUAGACAAUAAAUAACUGGCCAUUUUGACGUAAACCCUUUAUGUUUAGUGUUGUCCUCUUUAAAAAAAAAAAUGAUGGUUCAAGUGUUACAGCUCAGUAUGGAUUAUGAUAGAACUUAAACUUAAAGUAAAGGCGUUUAUAAUCAUGAGUGUAAUUUAAAUGAUUAUAUUUAAAGCUAAUAGGUGCCUUUAUGUAUAUAUGUGUGUUGACAUGUGUAUGUCUAUAUAUAUCUUACAAAGAGAGAGAGAGAGAAAGGGAGAGAGUUUUGUACUGAUGGUUGCAUUCCUUUAUGAAUCUUACUCUUUUUUUCUUGACUUGCAAGUGACCUGUAUGUUAUUAUUAGUAUUAGACUAUGUAAAGAGUCAGCACUUGUCAACCUUUUGUUCUGGGUUGUAUUUUCUUCUUAACUGUCAAACAUCUUGGUUAUUGCUUUUGCUAGAAAUAAAAGGACAAGGUAGAUAAGACAGUUAUGGGAUAUUGUAUCCCUCUCAACUUGGGUUGACCCUGACAUGCAGGGUCGAAACAGCUUUCCUCCUAAAUAAUUUAAACAGUGUCGAUUGGGCUGUAAAACACUUACAUUACUAAUACAAUUACUGUAAUUAGUCGUGUUGAUUUUUCCAUCACUUUUCACUCUGCUAUGUCAGUCAAGUGCAAGAAGCAGAUAUAAGAACAGUGGAAUGGUUCAAGAAAAGAAAUAAAAGGGAUGCGCGGCCGCAUUGCUUUCUUUACACAUCUGCUAUGGAGUACAUAGCCAUGUAUAUCAUAAUAUCAUAUUUUUCCCAGUUGUUCUCAUAUGCGAACAUAUCCUUUUUUUUUUGGGACAGCACAAAAUUGUUCAAAUUCUCCAAUAUUUUAGUGCAUAAUCCAGUUUCAUCUGCAAAGUGGACGAAAUCUGCUUGGAUUUGGUUUUCAAAAUUUCGUAAUUUUGAAAAUAUGUACACUCAUAAGGUAUGUGCUUUAUUUAAUUCCUAGUUUUCUUUUUGUCAAAAAGUUUUGAUCGAAAAUCAGGAGAUCUUUCAUCAUGCAUGGUCAAUUUUUUGUGAAAAAGCACAAAGAAGAAGAUGUCACUGUUUGUGAAGAUAUGUUUGUAAUGUGUCCUGAUGCCUUUUUUUUUUACUGUGCUAUGCUCAACCAAACAAUUGAGCUGUUGCAAGGAAACAAUUUUCAGGAACGCUGAACGUGGAAUAAGUGUUGAACUUUUGCACGCAUCCCUGCCAGAGUGAGUAAAACAAUUCUCUUGCUGGUGCCCUGCAGGUUGCUCUACUAAAACUUCGUUUCAUCUCUUUAUUGCAUGCUGCCAUUUUCAACAUUUUUUAAAGGGAUGUUCUGUUGCUUUAUUCUAGUGUCAAAUUUGUUUAAAGCAAUGCACCUCAGAUUUUUACAUAUAUGAAUACGUACAUGCGGACUGUUGACUCAAACAGAAUGAAAGAAGUGUCAAUCUGAAGAAAAGAAACUCAAUCUGCAUACUUAUGCAGAGGUAAGAUAAGAUGUACUAAGGAGGAAUGCAUUGUCCCAUGAGUCUUUUCUUGUGGCUGCUGACAAUGAUGAUUAGGCCACGUACGUAGAGUUAACUUAGUCUUUCACUUACAACAAAAACGAUACGGUAGUUACUAGAGUACUGUACAGACUUGCACGUACAAGUAAUGAUUUUUCUUGAAACGAAAUGCCUCCCCUGGACAGUUCUAAGCACAUCCCAGUUAUGCUUAGAAUGACGCGAGCAGACAGUCAGCCCCAUUGUUCGAGUAAAUGGUACAAAUAAAUGGCAUUAUAAUGUGAAAA